GGUAAAUAUACAUAGAUACAUAUACAUAAAUAUUGGUGUUAUCAAGUUUUUAGGCAUAAGUGAUCACAGACCAAUGAUUCUGUUAAACCUCUUGGUUUUAUUUCUACCCUUCUUAACUGACAGUGAACCAGUCGCAAGAAUUCGUUUACAUCCAUCUCGACAGAAUCUGUCACGUCAUGAUUCAUUUACUCAACAAUGGGACAAGUCAAUCAAAAGUUCAAGAAAUAAAUGGUUAAAAAGAUUGGCAUCUUCAGAUAGAACAGCUAUUGAAUAUUUGGAGAAUUACCAAAAUAUUGAAUAUUAUGGAGAGAUUGCUAUUGGGACCCCACCUCAAACAUUUCAUGUGAUAUUCGACACAGGAUCAUCAGAUCUCUGGGUUCCAUCAGAAAAAUGCAAUCCUCUUGAUUUAUCUUGUCAAAUUCACCACAAGUAUGACAGUUCACAAUCUUCAACUUACAAGCCAAAUGGAGAGGAGUUUUCUGUACACUAUGGUAGAGGAUCAGCAUCAGGAUUUUUGAGUUCUGAUAUCAUUCAUAUUGGCUCACUAACAGUUAUGGACCAAACAUUCGGUGAAGUUACUGAUCAACCGGAUUCAGUUUUUGUACAAUUCCAUUUCGAUGGAAUUAUGGGUAUGUCAUUCAAAGCAAUGUCAAAAAAUUCUGGUUCAACACCCGUAUUCAUCAAUAUGAUUGAACAGAAAUUGGUAGAGGAGCCUGUAUUUGCCAUCCAGCUUAGUCGAAAUGAAGAUGGUACAACUGGUGGAGAGUUAACGUUCGGUGGAAUAGAUCAGGAGUGUUAUACUGGUGAUAUAAUAUAUUUAGAUGUGGUAGAUCCAGAACAAUGGAUGGUUCACAUGGAUGGUUUAUCAAUAAGUGGUGAGGAAUUCUGUCCUACUGGGAGUAAGGCACUAAUUGAUACAGGGACAGCUUUGAUAUUUGGUCCAAGUGAUGUGAUUGAUAAAAUCAAUACAUAUCUUGGAAGUAAACCAACAUCUGGUAAUGAAUACUUUCUGGACUGUGAGAAACUCAGCGAAUUACCGCCGAUUGAAAUAGUUUUAAGUGAUAAGACCGUUAUCCUACAGUCAGAUGAUUAUGUUGUUGAGGUAAGCAAGCGUUUUUCAAUGGUUGCAUGCAUCUAUUUAAAGACUAGAAGAUCCUACCAUAAAGACGUUUCAGUUUGGGUACUCCUGUAUUCACUCAAACAUACCAUUCUGGGGAAAUUUUGGGGAAAACAAAUGCGAAAUUUUUGGGGAAACUCUGGGGAAACACAAAAAUUAAUCCCUAUUUUCCACAGAGUGUGUUUCCCCAGAAUUUUCCUAAUUACCCCAAAAUCUCCCCAACAUUCCUCAGAAUUUUCCCAAAAUGGUAUGUUUGCGCAAAUAAUCGUUUUAAAGGUAUAUAUGUUACUGAACUCCUAGACUACAAAUUCACACCAUGCUUUCCACAUUCCGACACUCAUGCAUCUACCCUCUGUUAUCGGUUUUAUUCGCAACUUGUCAUAGAUGAUGCAAAAUAGUUGCUUUUAAUCAAAGCCGUUUAGUAAUGCAGGGAAAGUAAAUUAACAGAAACACGACUAUGUAUUAAAUUAUAGCUUCAAUUAAAAGGUGAUUCAACUCCAAAACGAGUUAUGAGGAUCAAACAGCUCUAGCAGCCAAUUCAUUUAUCCAGUGAAUUUACCAAAUCACUUCACUUGGGUUAUGUCACAUGUCUGUUUGUGGAAACACUACUGGAGAUAUUACCUAAUACGUCAGACACAAUACUUAUUAACAGAACAAAGCCUAGACUGUCUGUCUAGAAAGUUCGACAUUCUUUCCUUUUGUGCUGUUGUACAGUUGGGCUUUACUUCUUGGAAAGUGGUCUUUUAUUUGAUAGUAUAGUUUUUGAAUAAGAACUGAGCAGUGGAAUUCCUCAACGCUACAGAUACUUAUUGAUCGUGGAAUUAGACAAGGAGGAGUUUGGAUGUAAAGCUUCUUGGUGACUGACUUCUGACGUUUAGUACUAUUUCAUUUUACGAAUUCUAGUAACUGUCUUACUUUACGAAUUUUCCUUUCUCGAACUUGACAGACACAGAGGUCAAUUUUCGUGCUUGUAGAACACCCAUGAGUAUCAGAAGAAGAAAGAAGACAAUACAGUAGCCAGGUGGAAAUAGUAUAUUUGAUGAACCGUGUCAAAAUACAAGUGUCCUCCGAGUAACUAGCUAGCGGAUUGAGUGUGAGCAUUCUAAUAUUACACGAUAACAUGCCAAAUAGCGUGGAUACUUGGGUGUGUGCCUUCAACUUAGGCAGUUUUUAAAAUUAUUAAGGUCAUCAUCAAUGUUGAGUCUUUUCGACCAUUAGACUUGUGAUUCGGAGGGAUUAUUUACCGUUACACUACCAUUUCAUAAAAUAUAAACAUAUAUGUAUUAUUUCCUGACCUCAUGACUUUACAAAAGUAUUCAUGAUAAUUAUUUAUCACAGGAUCAGCUUAUGAUAUUCCCUUAACUCUUCAAGGUUACCUAAAUUUAUAUGGAUAUAUGUGACUUUGAUUAGUAAAGUCAGUCGCAUAAAUCAACUAACCUUUCUACUACUUCGAGUGGGUUAUGAAUAACUCCAUUUUUGGCAGAUCGAAUUUACGUCUUCACGUGAUGCAAAUGAAUUAAUAUGACAACUUAAACGUAAUUGAUUUGCACAUGUAAAAAGAGAUGAUUAGUAGCCGCUUGAAUUUAGCGUUUUAUAAGGUAUUUAUGAUUCAAGUGAGUAGUCAACAUACUUAAAAAUAGGAUAUGUUGCAUAACGUCUACUGAAAGAAUAGAUGUUCCCUUAUGAAAAGACAUGCUUUUAAGAAUUAAUUUGCACUUCGUCCAGAGCAAAAAGGAUUAGGUGUGCAUGCUUUUGAAGACUAAAAACCUGAGAACGAAAAUGGUCAUUUAAAACUACCCAAGUAAGAAUGACUAUAUAUUCUUCAUAUAAGCUGAACUUAUGUGGCGAAUCUUUGCGUUAAUCCGAAUUGUUACAAAAAUUACCUGUGUUUCACUAAAAUGCACUUCGAUAAAUAAUUUACGCAUAAACUGUGCUUGAUUUGACCAUGAUUAUUAUUUUAUAAUUACCAGAAAAUCGCUAAUGGUUCACACAUAUGCAAAAGUAGUUUCAUUGGUAUCGACUUUCCAAGUGGCCCAAUAUGGAUACUUGGUGACGCAUUUUUGAGGAAAGUUUACACCGUAUUCGAUGUUGGCAAUCGACGUAUUGGAUUUGCUGAGGUUGCAAAAAAAAAGUAAAAUUUCAUGAAUAAAAGUAAUAAAUUAUAUGCAAUU